CCGGUGGUCGAACUGCAGACUCUCCUCACAGCACGCAGAACAAAAUGAAACUUGUGGCGUGGCUCGCUGUUCUCCUCUGCCUGUUUGUCUGUCGCCUCGGAGAGGCCAGAGUUAUCCCAGAAGGAGUGCCAUAUGAUGAACCUGCAGCUGUUCCCUACUGGCCUUACUCCACGUCUGACUUCUGGAACUACGUUGAAUACUUUAGGUCCAUUGGAGCGUACAACCAGAUCAAUGAGAUGGCCCGCACCUUCUUCGCCCACCAGCACCUGGGAGACACCCUGGGAUAUGAGACAAACCAGGGCCAUGAGAAGUGAGAUGAGAGGAGGCAGCCAGGAAAACAAGUCAA